AUUUAAAUCCACUGACUACCGCGGAAGGAUAAAAGACUGUAUAUUGAUCUAGAAAAUUCAUUACACCAGCUUAAAACAAAAGUUAAAAAAAAUGUUGAAUUUUAUAGAGAAUUGACAGUCAAAGAUCACAAUAGAUAUGGCUACCGCCCAAGGACAGGACGUAAUUCGCUGUCAAUUGUGCUCAAACCCUGUUGAACAUCAUUGCAAUCUUUGUCACGUUGACCUCUGCCUAUCAUGCAUACCAAAACAUAUGGCAGAUAAAUCAAGAAGACAUGAAGUUGUAGAAUAUACUUCCAAAAAAGAACACACGGUUAUUCUUCCAUCAUGUCUUACACACAAGAAAUACCAAUGUGAGACGUAUUGCAAAGACUGUAAAAUACCAAUAUGUCUUCAGUGCUUGAUGGGUUCACAUAAAAAGCAUGAGUUUACUGAUAUUAAUGCUAUUCUUCAAGAGCAUAAAGAAAAAAUUAUUUCUGACACAGAAGAACUGGAAAAAACAAUUGUUCCAAAAUACAGACACAUCAACCUAUGUACAACUGCCGAGUUUGACAAAGGUCUCUCUGCCAUUAAAGAACAAGAAGAUAAAAUCUGCCAAGCUGUACAUAAAAAAAGUACUCAGCUCACAGAAGAAGUAAGCAUUCGAAAGAAAGAAGCUAUAAGAAAGAACAAAGAAUGCCAGUCUUCAGCUGAAAAAGCUGCAAAAGAAGUCAAUCAAAUUGUCAAAAAAAAUAACGAUAUUCUUAAAGGUAAUGAUGCCACAGCCAUACUUAAUUAUCAAUCAAGGAAUGAGAAUUUCCGAAAAGGCCCAGAAUUACCAAGUUUUUCUUGUCCAAAGUUACUCCCUGGCAUUAUUAAAGAAAACCAAAUUGCAGAAAUGUUCGGCGUUCUUCAGACUGGGGAUGAAGUGCAGAACAACUCUGGAAUGCUGAAAAUGAUGGCUGACCCUUUGGUUCUAGACACAAUACAAAGUCCUUAUGGAGGUUGGACAGGGCUGUGGAGAAUUCAGUGUGUGGGGAGAGAUAAGAUCUUGAUCUCUGGAAAUGACAAAACAAUCAAAGAGAUAGACAGGGCUGGAUCUAUUCUACAAACAAUUCAUACAAAUAAUGAUGUGCUGGCAUUAACUAUCAAUUCACAUCUGGAACCAGUGUUUUCCUUACAUAAUGCUGUUAAACAAAAUACAGACAUUUAUAUUUAUACUAGGAAUGAAAUGAAUGUAUUAUUUAACACACUCAACUGGUUUCCUGUCGGUCUUUGUUACAAAGAGAAUGGAGAUCUACUGGUGAGUAUGAGAAUGAUAUCUACAGAUAAAAAACAGAGUAGAGUGGUGAGAUACUCGGGUACCAAAGAGAUUCAGAAGAUCCAGUACGACAGUCAGGGACAACCUUUGUUUUCUACUGGUGUAAAUCAUAUUUCAACUGUGCUUCUCCUGACUGAGAAUGGUAAUGGUGACAUCUGUGUUGCUGACUAUGAAAAGAAGGCAGUUGUUGUGGUGGAUUCUUCUGGGGGACUACGAUUCAAGUAUACAGGCAACCUGUGCAAGUCUAAACAAUCUAAAUUCAAAGACUUUAUCCCACUUAACAUUGCUUCUGAUGUCAACACUCAAAUACUGAUUAGUGAUGACUCAAACAACAUUGUCCACAUCAUAGACUGUGAUGGUAACUUUGUCCGUUAUAUAGAGUAUCCAUGUAAUGGAGGACUCAGUAUUGAUACCGAUCACAAUCUUGUGAUUGGAAAAGAAGGUACAAGAAUCAUUCAGAUUAUCAAAUACCUAGAGUGA